AUGUCCCCCAAGACCUCGGCGACACGCAAGGUCUUCCUGCGACAGUAUGGUGGAGAGCAGGCACCCUCCUCGGUGUUGGCGCCGAAGGUGGGGCCCCUGGGGAUGUCACCCAAGAAGGUGGGCGAUGAUAUCGUGAAGGGCACCAGCCAGUGGAAGGGCAUCCGUGUGACCGUGAAGUUGACGAUUCAGAACCGCCAAGCCAAAGUGGACGUGGAGCCAAAUGCAACGAGCCUCAUCAUCAAGGCCUUGAAGGAACCUUUGCGUGAUCGAAAGAAGACCAAGAACAUCAAGCACACUGGUAACCUCACGAAGAACGUCUUCCUGGACAUUGUCCGCCAGAUGCGCAAGAAGAGCUUGGCCAAGGAGUUCAAAGGCACCGCCAAGGAGAUCCUGGGCACCUGCUUCGCCGUGGGUUGCACGGUAGAUGGCCAGAAGCCCGGAUCCCUCCAGCAGGCCAUCGAUGAUGACGAAUGGGAACUCCCAACCGAGUGGGAAAUGUUUUAUGAGGAGCUCAGCUGGAUUUCUUCACCCCAGCAGGUGAGCGACGACAUUGCGAUUGUGGGUACCUUGGACUUCUUCACCCCGAUCGUCGACGAACCUGAGGUCUUUGGCGGCAUCGCGGCGGCGAAUGCCUUGUCAGAUGUGUAUGCAAUGGGUGCCAAACCCAUUUUUGCCAUGAACAUUGUGGGCUUUCCAUCCAAUCGCCUGCCGCCAUCCGUAUUGGCCAGGAUACUCAAGGGCGGCCAGGAGAAGUGUGCCGAGGCCAAAGUCUCGAUUUUGGGCGGCCACACGGUGGAAGAUUUGGAGCCCAAGUACGGCCUCGCCGUGAUAGGUGUGGUUCACCCGAAGAAGGUUUGGCGCAACAACGCCUUGCGAGCUGGCGAUAGCUUGAUUCUGACCAAGCCGAUUGGAACCGGAAUUCUGGGAACUGCACAGAAGAAAGGCUUGCUGGAACCUGGGACGCGGAAGCAGCUGGAAGACACGCUGCUCCAGCUGAACAAGACAGCCGCUGAGGUGGCGCAUGCCGAAGCGGAGGUCCACGCAGCCACGGAUGUCACUGGCUUUGGCUUGCUGGGACAUCUGAAGGAAAUGCUCACACCAGAAGACUCUGAGCCUGCAGCUAAACGAGCGCGACAAGGAAAUGGUGAAAGCCGGUUCUUGUGCGCUGUGAUCAGUGCUCAGGCAGUGCCUUUGCUGCCACAGGCCAAAGACUUGGCUGGAAACGAUCAAUGCGUGCCUGGAGGCUCUUUGAAUAACUUGAAGUUGGUGGAACCCACGACCUGCUUCCCGAAGGGCAUAUCCAGGGAAAUGAAGCUUCUGCUUGCAGACGCACAAACCUCUGGAGGCCUUUUGUUGGCCGUGCCUGGAGAUGGGUCGAAGUUGGUGGCUGCUUUGCAGAAAGCCGGUUUGCCCAGAACCGCGCGGAUCGGAGAGGUCAGAGAAGCAACACAAGGAGCCACCAUCGUAGUGGAACCCUGA